GACAUCAAGAACUGAGCUGCAGACAAACACACAUACCAACAUCUACAGCCGAGUCUGAGUUAUCAGUCUUGAUCUGAGUGUUUACUAAAGGGAAGGGUUUGUACGUGUUCAGCUAAGUCAAGUAUGACAACAUGACUUUUCCAUGUAGGACAACAUUUACCAAAUUGCCUCUUAUUGAAGUACGAGGAUUUUAUACGAGUCAACUCAAGGAAUCUUCUGACCAUAAGGACAGAAUGGAGGUAAAGGUGUUUGUUGAAGGAGUCCAGCGCAUUGUUUGUGGAGUCACUGAGAAAACAACAUGUCAGGAGGUGGUCAUCGCUUUAGCACAGGCACUUGGUCGCACUGGUCGAUAUACUCUGAGAGAAAAAUUCAAAGAAUUUGAACGUAAUGUGUCUCCGGAUGAACUUCUCCUGGAAUCCUUGGAGAAAUAUGGGGAGCAAGUUAAGGAGGUGCAGCUGACUUUGAAGCAUAUCGGCCCAUCGCCUGGGGAAGAAACAAACCAACCCUGGCCCCUAUUGAGGCGAGCGGAGGGGACGGGGAGGGCACGGAGAGGCAGCGGGGCAAUCGCCCUACACCGCCAGAGCCUUCCUCCGCUAUCACACCUCGGCGUCCAAUCAGAGCCACCCCCUGAGGAACCCAAGAGACCCAAGCGGAAGUCACUGACACUAAUGGAGGAAGCAUGGGGUUGGCUGGAAAAUUUGGGCAGGGGCGGGAAGCAGCAAUCAGGACGAGAUAAGAAAAAAGACAAGGAAGGCAAUAAAGGAAAUGGGCACUCAGAUAACACAUCUCUAAAACCAAUCAAAAAUGUACCAGCCUCUGGGACACCGCUGUCGAGGGACAAAAAAGACAAAAUUAGAGCACCACAUCAGCCUUUGAUUAGUUGCCUUGGGAACCGUGGGAGAUGCACUGAUAAUGGUGCUGAAUAUGAGAGACGAGAGGAAGAGGUACUGAAAGAGGCAAAGGAGGAUCUGAUGACCAUCAAUCCAAUUGUUCCUCCGGUCAAAACAAGCCAUGUUGAAACCGAGAGUGAGGAGAUUUCACAUUUAAGGAGACUAGUUGUCCAACAACAGUCUUUUCUGCAAGAAAUAAAGCUCAAAAUUGAGUCAACGGACCAGCUGAUCCUUGAGCUUGAGCAGCAGCUGGCCACCAGGACAUUCUCAGAGUCCCUGUCGGAAGAAGAGGAACAGCUCAAGUUCUGGCUCAAUGAGUUCAAGGCGGAGGAAGUCUUUGAGAGAGACCUUCAGAGGCAGUUCUUUCAGACAAAAGAAGCUGCUUCCGAGUGCAAAGCUAAACUAGAAGAGUACAAACAGAAACUGCAAGCAAUGGACCUGAGAAACUCCCAGCAGAAAACAGGACAAGAAAACAACACUGAACAGAAUAGCCCAGUAGACACGCCAAAACAUGCCCAAACAAGCGUCGAACAAACACUGAUUUCAGCAGACAGAUCGCAAGGGGACGGUGAAACAAAAAGGGUGGUAACGACGCUGGAGUCCAAACUCCCAUAUGUGUUUGUUUCAGGAAAUCAGAUUUCACAUCCUCCUCAAAGCGGACCAGCAGACCUGAGGGAGUGGUGGACACGAUGGUCUCAAAACCAGAAUCCAACAUCAGUGACAAAACCAAAGAUAGUGCAUCGCUCUGAAAUCACCAUACAUCUGGGAAGCACCAGAGUUUAGUCACAUGAAACCCCUUCUCUGUUCAGGGAUAUCGGUCUUUUUUUAAUGCCACAAAAGUUUGCAAAGGCAUGAUUUAUGUCUAAGGUUCUGUAUAGUG